UGUAUGCAGAUAAUGUACACUGUAUGAGAUGUCAAAAAUUAUGCGGUGUAAAAACAGUUUAUUGCUCAUUCUAAACGCACUUUUUUGUAAUAAUGUUAUGUAGCUAGAUACAUGAACACAUGAUGAGCUUUUCUGUGACAUUUUUGUUUCUUUUAUUGUCUGUGAUAUCAAGAUUGACAACAAGAAAUGUGGGUGCCAGUGAUUUGACAAGUCGGUCAACUGUAAAUGAAAGUGUGACAUCAGUUCCUGGUCCUUAUCCUACAGAUGGUGCUGUACCUGUUCAUGACAAAAGUUUGAUAAUUCUCAAAUUGGGACCACUUACGACAGUCAAACUGGACCCUAACGUGUACGCGAUCAAGGUCAAGGACAUUCCAUCCUCCAUUAAUGUUGUUGUGGCUGAAUUCCACGUCCAGAAAUACAACUUGACUCUCUCCCUGUACUCCAAUCCGACCUACACUACUUCUGUGACUGGACGCAGUGGUGGGGUGCUGCAGAAGCUGGCUUAUGAGGCGAGGGAUGCUACAUGGUAUCUUCAGUCUGAUCUGAAUGAUACUGUGAUUGCCUAUCUCAAAGUCUCGGGAUAUUACAAUGACGAUCCAGUCCCUGGCGCCUGCAACCAGGAAUUCCCUCUACCCAAUGAUCCCAACAUCCACUUGAGCUAUGGCCAAAGCACUGUGAGACUUUCAUUCCAAUAUGCCAACAUUGGCACGAUGAGAGGCUCAACUGAGCCCGACUGCGAGGACAGUUCAGUGUGGAAAAGUUUACAAUAUGAAGUGUUCCAGCUUUAUCUUAAUGAGGGCGAUCUCUCCGAGAGUCACUUCCAAAUGUCAGUGGCCAGGAUGACAGAUUUGGAAACGAUACGCAAUCAUGCUUAUAAGGUUGCUUCCUUCACAAGAGGUAAAGGCCUGAGUCACAUGGACCUGGCGGCUUAUGAAGGGCAAGGCGUCAUGUAUACCGUGAUAGUCAGUCACACAAAAGACAAGAAAGUGCGCCAGGCUAUGUAUAUUGUCAACACUGAUUAUGGAUGUAACUUUGAUGGCCACGUCAAAAAUUGUUAUAAUUUAGAGAGUUCAUUCCUACCGAUUACAAAAGUGAUAUCAAUCAUCUGUGCUGGUCUUGGACUCUACAUGUGUUUCUUGGGACACAGAUUCUUUAAACUACAAAUGUGCAUCUUUGGAUGUCUCGCCUUCAUGUUGACCUUCUACAUCGUACUAUCUGUCACCACAAACCUGGACUACCCAAUCAUCAUAAUACUAUCGUCGGUGAUUGGUUUGGUCGGUGGUGCCCUCUGGUUAGGUUUCUGGUGGAACGUUGGCAUCCCGGUCCUGUCGGAGCUGCUGGUUGGGUUGGUGCUAGGGUUCCUGUUCUCGUCUAUUCUUUUCUACACCCCAUUUGGUCUUAUUGAAAUUUGGAGGAGUUCAUUCAACUAUGGCAUGGGAUUUGUUUGUGGUAUUCUCUUGGUGCCAGUUGUCUUACUUUAUUUUACAAAAACACUGAGCAUCAUUUCAUGUGCAGUGUUUGGGUCCUACAGCUUGGUGUUCUGUAUCGGUCUUUACCUGAGAUGUAGUAUUCCUUACAUUAUCAUCAACGCCAUGCGGAAAGCUGUGAUUCCAGGAUUUGUAACGGCAGUUGUAACUGCACCUUUCCAGUUAUUCGAUGUGAUUCUUGUUCUGGUCUGGGUUGUAUUGGCCAUAAUAGGAUCAGUGUUCCAGUUUAUUAGGGAGAGGGAACGCCCACCCUUUCCACCAUGUCCACGAACGGCUAAAAGUAGGAACAGAGAGCUACAGUUAUUGGCAGAGGAGAGUGCCGAUAUGCGGCGCCCGCUGCUCCCAGAGUCACGGCGCUCGCGGAGACCCAACGAGUCGAGAAGGUCUCCUGCAAGGAAGAACUAUGGGACUUACAAACAAAUAGAUGCUCAGGAAGCAAACGAGAUUGCUUGAGGAUUUGUUAUUGUAAACCUCUUCAUCUAUGUGAGUGUAAUAUUUUUGCAAGAGGGGAUACAAUUGCAACUUGAAGGGGAAAUAUGUUCAGCUGAAUGGUUUUAUCAUUGAGAUGGCAACAAAAAUUUUAGAAGAAUCUAGUCUCAAGCAUAUUGAGCUACGAAGAUGAAGAAGUUUACGGAACAAUAAUUGUGAUUUAUUGUACAUACAUGUAUGUGUAUAACUGCCAUGACUACUUUGAAGCAGAUUACUAUACGUAUUUUAAAUUUAGAGUUCUUUAAACAAUGGCAAUAAAAUUGCAUUUUAAUGCUUCAAUUUAAUUAGAUACCAUAACAUAAAUGGUGGAUUUCUGCGAACAAUAGAAGUUCAACCAUGUAGAGUACAGGUCGAAGUUUAGUUUUGAUUAUCACAACGACUUGAUGUGGAGGCCUAAAGAUUUUGUAAUGAUGUGCUAGUCUGUAUUGUAUAUUUUCAUAAUCUGCAUUUUUAAGAAGUGGCAAUAAACAUUUUCAUAAUGUCA